CAUAGUCUGACUAAAUAGUAAAGCAGUCCUACUGAAAUCAAUGAGCUUUUGGACAUGCCUAAAGCUAUGAUAUGCUGGGACACACAAAAAACUUUUCUGUUUUCAAUGGGACAGUUUUGAUUUUUUUAAAUGUAAUAUAUAUUGGACAUACAUACAUACAUGCAUACAUAUAUGUAUACAGAUUUUUUAAAAGAAAUAUUACUUGUGUCCUGUAUACAUUUUUUCCACGUGAAAAAUAAACUUAGAAGAUUUUGCUGUGAAGAGUAUCGUGGCAUCCUACUUCCUUGCUCUCCAUUAAAAUAGCAGUUAGAGAUUUUAUUUAUAAAUGAUCUUUACUCAUUUUGUUGCCCUCUAACAAAAUAUAGCCGACAGUGCUGCUCUGAUUACCAAAAAGAAAAUACUUGUGAUACUUUUCUUGUUAUAGAACUGCUUUACAUCAGUGGUAAUGCAUUUUUAAGAUGUCAUUGGAAACUACUCAGAUACACUAUUAACUGUUACAAUGAGUAAUUUUCCUCGAUUCAUAAAUUUAAAGGGCCAUUACACCACCUGUAUAUUUAACCAAAAACUCUCCCAGUCUGGUAUAAAAUAAUAACAUAAAAGCUUUUGAAGGUCACCGUGAGACUCAUCUCCUGCUGUAGGUGGGAUUUUGUCCAGUCCAGCUGUACAGACAGACACAAGGAGUCACUGUGACUUCUUUCGCCUUAAAACAGCGCCUCGCCCUCACAUGACUUUUUUGUUAGCCGGAAUAUCCAAAUGUUUGUUCCGUGAUUUCACCCCAUUAUCCCCACUUCUACCCUGGGGAAACGCGCCAACAGGGACAACGCUCUUCUUUGAGAAAUUAAACCUUUUCCUAACGAAAAGUUUAUUCUGUUGCAACAAAUGUCCUUGAGCUUACGAAGAUGUCCCAGCUUAAAAACAAACAAACAGAUGAACAAAGCGGAGAGGAGAGCCGCUGGACCCGACACAAAACAGCCCCCGGGACGCGGGGGCACUGCGGGGGCGGCGGAGGAGAGGGAUGCUCCGGAAUCUGUGCCCGCUCCGAGGCGGGCGGGCGGGCGGCCAGGGCACAUCCCCUGCGCUCGGAGCGAGCGGGGAGCCGCCUCCUCGGACGCGUUAAAAGUUUGGGGCGGCUCCGGGCUCCGAGGAGACGGAGCACGUCCGCGCCCCGCGGCAGCUCGGCGGGCGCUGAGCCCCCGGCCCGCCGGGCACCGCCCCGCGAAGAUGGCGAGCCGCAGCCUGCGCCUGCUGCUCCUCGGCCUGGGGCUCCUGAGCUAUCCUGAUGUGUCUGGAAUCUCCAUUGAAACAGAUAUCAAAAAUGUAAAAGCAGAGGAGUUUAAAGAGGCAAUUCUUAGUUGCAAACACAAAUUUUCAAAAGGGAUGAGUUUAAGAAUAGAGUGGAAGAAAAUCCAAUCUCAAGGAGUCUCAUUUGUCUACUACAAUAGUGAAUUUACAGGUGAUCUUCGAGGCCGAGCAGAGAUGCUGAAUACAGGAAUCCGAAUCAGGAAUGUGACAAGAAGGGAUUCUGGGACCUACCGCUGUGAAAUCAGUGCCAAGAGUGAAGAGGGGCAGCACCUGGGAGAGGCUACUAUUACUCUCACAGUAUUGGUUGCUCCGACCACUCCAGUGUGUGAGGUGCCCAGCUCUGCCAUGACAGGAACAGUGGUGCAGAUGAGCUGCAAGGAAACUGAGGGCUCCCCUCCAUCUGAGUACCAGUGGUACAAGAAUGGUGUUGCCUUGCUGGAGAAGACAGGAACAGGCAGUGCUAGAGCAGCAAACAUAACGUACACCAUGAACAAAAAGUCUGGCACGCUGCUGUUUAAUACAGUUACAAAGAAUGACACUGGAGAGUAUUUCUGUGAAGCCUCCAAUGGGAUUGGAUUAUCUCAGAAAUGCUCAGUGAAGAGAAUGCAAGUUGAUGACCUUAAUGUAAGUGGCAUCAUUGUGGCUGUAGUGUUUGUGGCUCUGGUGAUGGUACUGUGUGGCCUUGGAGUAUUCUAUGCCCAAAAAAAGGGCUACUUUGCAAAGGAAAGCUCUUCCCAAAAGAAGACGAACUAUCAAUCUACAAGUGAAAAGGAUUUCAAGCAUACCAAGUCCUUUGUUAUUUAGAAGAUUUCAGCCUCUGUGAGGGACAUCAAAUGACUACUUGUUAUACAAAAGUACCAGUGUCCUGGUUUCAGCUGGGAUAAUUUUCUUCAUAGUAGCUGUGUUUUGGAUUUAAUAUGAGAAUAAAGUUGAUAACACACUGAUGUUUUAGUUGCUGCUGAGUAGUGCUUUCUCCAAGUCAAGGAAUCCUCAUAUUCCCAUGAUCUUCCAGUGAGGAGGUGCAAAAGAAGCAGGGACAGAGCUCAGCUGGGCCAGCUGAUCUGAGCUAUCCAAAGGAAUAUGCAUAGAAUCACAGAAUCAUAGAAUAAACUAAGUUGGAAGAGACCCAUCAGGAUCAUGAAGUCAAACUCCUGGCCCUGCCCAGGACACCCCAAAAAAUCACACCAUGUGCCUGAGAACGUUGUCCAAACACUUUGGAGCUCAAACAGGCUUGGUGCUUGGUGAUCACCUCCACACCAGAACAUCAUGCCCAGUAUUUAAAUUGGGGAAGUUGGCCAGGAGGAGUCAACUGCUGCUCAGGAGCAGGCUGGGCAUUGGUCAGUGGGUGGUGAGAAACAGUUGUGCAUCACUUGUCUUUCUUGGGCUUUACUCCUCUCUCUCCUUUUUUACUCUAUUGUUGUUAUUGUUAUCAUUACUAUUAUUAGUAUCUUACUUUAUUUUGUUUCAGUUAUUAAACUGUUGUUCUCUCAACCCACUAAUUUUACUUUUCUUUCCCAGUUCUCCCACUGGGCUGGGGUGGGCACAGUGAGCAAGCAGCCACAUGGGGAUGAGCUGCUGGCAGUCCUUUUUUGCACCCAACAUGGGACUCAAAAGGUUGAGAUAAAAACAGAUCUGACUAGAGCAUGUUAAACAGGUUUGUUAUAAGCCUUCAUUGUAUUGGUUUAAUAGUUGCUGGUCACCAUAAUGAUUCAUUUGCUCUAGGCCUGGGCUAAGGUCAUCACUGUUGUUCUGUGUUGUACUGGCUUGUGAUAUGAUAGAACAGCUGGUCAUGAGCCUGCCUGGCGUGUGUCCCUGCCGUCCUUUGGGAGCCAUCUGGUGGAAGCUAUCCACAGUUACAUCUACUGCCUUUUACCCUCAUACAGCCAACCCAUAGCAAAAACACCUUCCUUCCCCCCCAGGAUGAUUACAGUAGCAUUUGAAAAUUUUAAAGACUUUGCAUAUCCUGUGACUACUCUUGAAACCAGCCUGGCCCUUUUGGUAACAAUCAGUAUGUUGUUGCAUAUGGUUCAGGCCUUCUUUAGGGUUAAGAAAUUAUCUGUGCCUACCAAAACCCCACCAACACAUACUGUGCCUACACAAACCAGUGACGGGCCAACAAGAGGCAACCACUCAAUCCUUAUUCCUGAGUGAGCUGUGGGACAUACAUAAAUAUUCCAGCAUACUACCACCUGGCUGCUCCAAUGCUGGGAUAAUGGAGCUAAUGGAUUGGAAUUAGAAGGUAGGAAUCACUUUCCAAGAAAGCAGGCAUUAACAAGGUGAUUGCAAGAGAGACACAAGUCCUCAGCCUCUGGAAGUGACUCCUGUCAAACCUGUAGGAAAGGUAUCCUUCCAACAAGAAUGAUGUUAGAUGUCACCAUGCAAGUGGAAAGAUAUCCAAAUACUUGAGGGAAUUAGCUGUGCUAGAUUAUUUAUUUUGAGCUACCUGGACAAUACAAGAUUCCUCACAGAUCCAGACCAAUUCCUCUGCACAUGACCCAUGUGGUGGAAGUUUGUAGAGGUAUCAAGAGUAUACACCAACCCUCUGGCAUCAUUAACUGGAAUGACAUCACACCACCAUCUGUGGAUUCAGUGGUUUGCAAUCUCUGGGAAUUUGAAGACAACCUCUCUACUUCUGUCAUUUCAUCUGUGGAGAAACUAUCAGAUAAACUGUUCAAGCAGUUUCAGCAGUUCAAAGAGGAUAUGUUCUAUUCCCGACCUCGACAGACCCAUGCUAAUGGCAGGAAGUGUUGGCUCAAGAGGGAGGAUAUGGAAGGUACACGCCAUGGGAUACCCUGUGGGUUUAGCUGAGAGACCACAGAGGGGGCACGAAGACUUGACCUUGACCAAGAAUCUACCUUGACCCUAGAGACAUGGGUAUAUUAAUUGUAAGGAAAACAAUCAAAUGGGGGUUCUUCCAGGAAAGCUAGUCCUGUCUCCAGUAGAUGGAUUCCCAGGCAGAGUGGAAGGGCUGAAUUUACUCCUGAUCCUAUGGAAAGAAAUUCUAAUCAAUUUCUUCAGAAACUAAGCUCUCUUAGAUGUUGUAGGUUUUUUGAAAAUACAUAUUCCAAAUUAGUCUGAUUGUAAGCCCUGUUUAUCAAGUGACUCAGAAGAACGAUUUCAUAUGGGGCCCUGGGCAACACCAAGCCUUUGAACAGAUCAAACUAGAAAUACUUGGACAGCACUCAUAGACGCUUGGACCAAAGAAUAUGGCAUUUAGUGGGUAUAUUGUAUCAUAUCAGCUGAGAAAACCAAAUGAUCCAAUGGACUGUUAGACUGCACUGAGAGCAGUGGGCAGGGGGAAACCUUCAAACACUGGGAUGCACAUUGGCAAAGGCCACCUGAUCAGUCAGCCAAGAUCUGCCAAGUGGGCUGGCCCUGCCCAAUCAAAACUUUUACUGUAGAAGGCAAUAAAGUUCCUGUAGUGCACAUGAAAAAUUGCUGCAGAAGAGUCUGGGUUAUUCCUGCCUUGGGCAAAGGCAAACUCAUCUGUGGGACUGUUUUUGCUCAAGGACCUGGGAACACUUGGCAACAUGGAGAAUGGGCAAGUCUGGUUUGUGCAGAGUGGAUUUGAUUGAAUAGCCAGUGAAUUGUGUGAUGUUAAUUGCUGUAUAAUGAUGUGUAUUAACACUUCUGUCAGCCCACCAUGGCACUGGGCACUGCAUGGUGCCUGUCUCCACCCCUCCAGCGUUGGGGAUCUGAACCCAGCUCUCCUUCAACUGCCACGAUAAGAAUGAACUUCGAUGUAACUGGACAAGCAGAGCAGUGAUGAAAUCAGAACUGACUUCAACAUGCAAAGUCCAACACCAGACACUCUCUUUCCUGUCCUGAAAGACUGGCACAAGCCAAAAGUCAUGGUCUAAAUGAAUUCAGCAGACUUCUACGGGGAUUGUCUAUAGAAAAAGGAACUGCUGUGUGUGCAUCUAUGAAAAGAUGGGAAAAGUGGGGGUGUAUCAGAAAGUGUGGCUCUGGCAUUACACAAAUGGUAUGGAAUAAGCAGCUGAUGCUUUCCAGGUUUCAGCUGGGAGUUAAUUUUCUUCCCAGUAGCUGGUACAGAGCUGGAUUUUUUAAAUUAGUAUGAGAAUGAUGUCAAUAACAUGCUAAUGUUUCAGUUGCUGCUCUGCAGUACUUACCCUGAGUUAGAGACUUUUCAGUGUCUGAUGCUCUGCCAGUGAGGUGCUCAAGCCAUGAGGGAACAGGGCCAGGACCCUGAGCUGAACUGGCCAAAGGGAUAUAUAACAUCAUGCCUAGUACACAAACUGGGGAAGUUGGCUGGGAGGAGCCAUUUGCUGCUGGGGAACAGGCUGGACAUCAGUCAGCAAGCAGUGAUGAGGACUUGUGCUGUGUAUCACUUGUGCUUCUCAGGUUCUCUCUCUCUCCUUCCUUCAUUAUACCUUUGGUCCAAUUAUUUAACUGCUUUAUCUCAACCCAUGAGUUUUAUUUCCAAUUCCCUUCGCUACAGUAGGAAGAGGGGACAGAGAGUGAGCCAGAGACUAUGG